AUGGGCAAGAAAGACCAGGCCGCCGCGGCGGAGAACAUUAAGGUGCUCGUCCGAUGCCGUCCGUUUAGCGAGAAGGAGAGCGCGAUGGGUCACAAGAGCUGCGUCGACCUUGACAUGGCGCAGAACACCGUGACCGUGAAGAGCAUCAUUGGCGAGCCCGAUCGCUGGACCUUUGACGCGGUGAUCAACAACAGCUUCUCCCAGGAGGACAUCUUCACCCAGUUCAUUAUGCCACUAACGGAGUCCGUGCUCAGCGGCUUCAACGCGACAGUAUUCGCCUACGGCCAGUCCGGCUCUGGUAAGACACACACGAUGACGGGUGUGAUGGGCAACAGCACGCUGGAGGGUGUGAUCCCCCGCUGCGUCAUGCACAUUUUCGACUCCGUGCAGAAGAUGAAAAACGAAUCACCGAGCACGACCGUCAGCAUGUAUGUGUCCUUCAUGGAGUUGUACAAUGGUAAGGUGCGCGACCUGCUAGCGAAGCAGCAGGUGUCAUUGGACAUCCGCGAAAACAAGGACCACACUUUUUUUGUGAAAGGUGCCGUUGUGGCGCAGGUCAAGUUCCCGGAGGAUGUUAUUCGGCACCUGGAGGAGGGCACAGACCGUCGCCGCGUCGCGUCCACGGAGCUGAACGCCGACAGCAGCCGCUCGCACUCCGUUUUCUCCCUCAUUCUGGAGUGCACCGAGACCCUCGAAGACGGCAGCACCCGCGCCGUGUCGAGCAAGCUGAACCUGGUGGAUCUUGCCGGCUCGGAGCGCCAGGGCAAGACAGGCGCCUCGGGUGACACGCUGAAGGAGGGGUGUAACAUCAACCUCUCGUUGAGCGCGCUCGGCACCGUCAUCGACACCAUUGUCAAGGGCGGCACCCACGUGCCGUUCCGCAGUAGCCCUCUGACGAUGCUGCUGAAGGACUCGCUUGGUGGAAACAGCAAGACCGUCAUGUUUGCGAACAUCAACCCCAGCGAGCGCAACAUGUCGGAGACGGUGUCGACGCUGCGCUUUGCCGACCGCGCCAAGCAGAUCAAGAACAAGCCGGUCGUGAACAUGGACUCGAAGGAUCAGAAGAUCGCGGAACUGACGGAAAUAGUGAAGGAGCUGCGCGAGAAACUGGCCAAGUACGAGACCCAGGGCACGGCUGGGCUGGAGGAGGAGGUGGUGCAGCUUCAAGAGAAGAUAGGUCAACUGGAAGUGCAGCUGGACAACGCCACGAAGAGCCGUGAAGCGGAUUUGGUCGACUACGAGAUGUCGAAGGCCACUCUUGCAGCCGAGCGGCAGACCUUUAACACCCGCCUCCUUUCCAUGGAAGACGAAAUUGCCCAACUGCAGAAUCAGCUGCAGAUCUCGGAGAGCGGCGGGGCGGCCAUGCAGUCCCAGCUGAACGACGUCUGGACGCAGUGCUACAACUACUUCCUGACACCGACGGAGAAGGCGGCGCAGAGUCUGGAGCAGCUGCAGGUCACUCUGACACUCGAGGAGGUACUGCGAAACGCCAAGAAGAAGGUCGAAGGAGGCGGUGAGUCGUCCCUGAAGAAGAUCCAGUCGCUGACGGCGGACCUCAAGGUGUCACAGGCAGAGCACAGGGCAACCAAGAAGGAGCUUAAGACCAGCAAGGCGCAGCUGGAGCGGCACCUGGCGGAGUUGAAGGAGGAGCUGGCCGAGUGGAAGAGAGCCUCGGUCGCACCCGGCAACAGCAUCGGCGAUGGUCAAGCUGCGGUGGGAAUGGGGCAGCAGCAGGACUACACAAUGCAGGAGAAGCUGCUGGCAGCGAUUAAGCUCGACGACAAGGGCGCGGCAGCGAUCAAGCUUUUACGUGAGGAAAACGAGAAGCUGCGACACCAGCUGAUGCCGGCAACCUCUCCUCUGCCUGACUCGACCGCUGCGCUGGCCGCACCCCAGCAAAACUCGGCCUCCAUCUCAAAGAACGCGACGGCGGACUCAGCGGUGCUGCUGGAGCUGCAGUCGUCCACAAGUGCGGCGGCUCAGAAAGCCGCAGCCAUUAGCAGCCUCCAGGCGGAGCUUGAGGAGGCGAAGGCCAAGGUGGAGCACGUGACUGCUUCUCGCGAGUCUCUCUACGCGGAGCUGGAGGCUCAACGCACGGAGCUCACCAACUUGGAGUCCACCGUGGCGCAGCACGACCGGCAGCUCGCCGAAAUGCAGCAGGAGUACGAGGUGAAACUGGCAGCUGCCACUCGCUCAGAGGACGAGGUGGCGCGGCUGGAAGCCCGCCUGCGCGAGCGCUCUGACCAACUAGAGCAGAUGCGCACAUUGCUGGAGAAGCAGAAGGCCAUCAUCAUAAAGAACAAUGAGAAGGCGGAGUAUUUCCAGAUCUCUCUACGGGAAAAGACGGAGGCCCUCGUGGUGCUGGAACAGCAGUUCCGCGAGCAGCUGGAGAACAAGGAUGCGCAGAUGCAGCAGCUCAUCAAUAAGCGCGUCGCCGAGUUUUCUGAGCAGCGAAGCGCUGAACUGAAUGAAAAGUCGCUCCGUCAGAAGAAGCUGAAGAAGAAGCUCCAUAAGCUGCAGGAGGAACUGAGCAAGUGGGAAGAGCGGUUCGACAUGAAGGUGUGCGAGUGCGAGGACCUCCGCAAAGCUCUGGAGGAGAAGAAGGUGGAGCAGAUGCGCCUGCUGCGCCGCAUCGAGCUCUCCGAUGACGAGGCCGAGGCCUUGGAGCAGAAGGAGCAGAUCCAGAACGCCCUCGAGCGCGCAAAGCAGGAGCGCCGUCGCAAGGACGACCUCUUCGCCAUGGGUGAGGUGCGCAGCGCCAAGUCCGUUGUGCGGCGUGGCACGACAGACCCCUCAGACGACGCCGAGUACCCGUAA